CAACGUGGAUGGACUCUACAAGAGCUGUUGGCUUCCGAGCGCGUACUAUUCUACACCCUAAACUGGACACUUUACAAGAACCUCACGUCUUCUAACCAUAAAGCCGAUGACGCCGUGCUGGAAGAGCUGGAGAGGGCAACUGGAAUAGAAUCACGGUUUCUCACCAGCUUUUCUCCCGGUAUGGAAGAUGCACGAUCAAGACUGCAAUGGGCGUCAUUGCGUCGUACUACCCGGCCUGAAGAUAUUGCAUAUUCACUCUUCGGGAUCUUUAACCUUCACCUGCCCGUUCUGUAUGGUGAACCUGCUGAGAACGCGCUUGGUCGACUCCUGGCUGAAAUCGUAUCGCAGUCUGGGGACACCUCUGUCUUGGAUUGGGUCGGAGAGGCAUCACCCUACCAUAGCUGUUUUCCUGCCCAGAUCACUUCGUAUCAAAUGCUACCAUCCCUUCCACUCCAUCCGGACACAGAGGAACACGUGACGAUGAGAGAGCGGCCCGCGUCGUUGCCCACAGCACUACGAACGUUGUAUCGUUCACUUGACAAGUCACCCCUUCCGCGAUUCCUCAACCGCCGCCUUACCCUACCAUGUAUCGCCUAUCCCGUUACAGCGGUUCGAUUAAAAGGGACGGCUCCGAAAUACACGUACGAAAUCCAAGCAUCUGGUCUGAGAGCACUUGAGAUAACACUCCCGAGCGAGCUGGAAAAUGAAAUAUUGCUGCAAGGUGGUCUGCAGCUUGUUCGCCCUUGGCACUCGAAACUGCUUGGUCCAUCCGCUGGGUUACACACUACGCUUGAAGAGCAGCUACUUCUGGCACUGGGACGGCCAUUUAACGCUCUUUUGCUGACCGAGCUCCCUCGUUCGGAGUACAAAAGAAUGGCGUCUUCUACUCUGAUCACUGCUCAGCCCGCAGACUUGACCAGCAUUCUACAAAGUGAGAUUAGGACAUUCGAUAUUGUGUAGCCUAGUUAUUCUGCUAUGAUAUCUACAAUACUAAUGUUUACCCACACACCUGGUUUAAAUCGCAUCAAUUCUGUUGCAUCCUCAUAGCUCCUGCAAACGCUAUCGAAGUACGACUAUAAGCCUUUGACACCUUUGUGGCUACCGUUGACUCAGGUAGAGCU